UCUUAUCCAUCUUUAUGUUCCCAGUGACUGGCACAAAAUCUGGCCCAUAUUUACUGGAUGAUUGUAAUUUUAAAUGAGAAUCAGUGUAGUAUGAAAAUUGGUUGGAGUACAAUAGAAAUUUCACUGCCAUGUUUUUCUGCAUCAUUUUUAGGGAUAAAACUUUGUAAAUGGCCUUGACGAACCACAGCACCAUCACUGAAUUCAUCCUUCUUGGGCUGUCUGCUGACCCCAAGAUCCAGCCUCUACUCUUCGUGUUCUUCCUGGGGAUUUACCUCCAGACCAUCCUGGGGAACCUGAUGAUGCUGCUGGUCAUCAGGACUGAUUCUCACCUCCACACACCCAUGUACUUCUUCCUGAGUCACCUCUCUUUUAUUGAUCUCUGCUUCUCUACAGUCACCGUGCCCAAAAUGCUGGAGAACCUUCUGUCUCAGAAGAAAUCCAUCUCAGUAAGGGGCUGCCUGGCUCAAAUAUUCUUUGUGUUUAUUACUGGAGGGACUGAAAUCUGUCUUCUCUCAGUGAUGGCCUAUGACCGCUAUGCUGCCAUCUGCCACCCUCUGCUCUAUGGCCAGGUGAUGAGUAAACAGCGGUGUAUGCAGCUUGUAUGUGGCUCAUGGGGUCUAGGAUUUCUGGACACACUAAUCAAUGUCCCUCUGGUGAUGAAAAUGGACUUCUGUGAUACCUACAUCAUUCCACACUACAGCUGUGAGUUGCCCUCUAUCUUCCUUCUGUCUUGCUCUGAUGUCUCCACCAACCUCCUUAUCAUGCUCUGCUCUAUUAUCCCACAUGCACUUAUAACUUCCAUUUUAAUAUUUUUCUCUUACAUCUGCAUCAUCUUCACCAUCCUUAGUAUCACCUCCACCUCCGGCAGAAGCAAGGCCUUCUCCACGUGCUCCUCCCACCUCACUGCAGUGAUCUUUUUCUAUGUGUCAGCUCUUCUCCGCUAUUUCAUGCCAACCUCAGGCUCGUCCCUUGAGUUGACCUUCUCUGUGCAGUAUAGUGUGAUCACACCCAUGCUGAACCCCCUCAUCUAUAGCCUAAAGAACAGGGAGGUGAAGGCAGCUGUGAGAAGACCACUGGCAAAGUGUUUACAACGUUUUCAGUGAUAGAAUAAAGGCCAUGAUGGGGAAUUCAGAGAGAAAUUCUUGUAGCAAGACACAGAGGAAAACAUGCUGACUGUUCAUUAUAUCAAAUUUGGCAAAAUAAAUCAGAAAUUCCUAAGAAAGCAACACAGACCUAUUAUAGAAUUAUCAUUGAGUUCAAGCCCACUAGAGGCAAAAAAAAUGUGCAUGUUUGUUUUGUGUGCCUGUGUGUUUGCAUAUGUGUGUGUGUAUGAAGUUUGGUUUGGUGUAAAUUACCUGUUACUAUUUGUAGUUAAGUUUGGGAAAGGCACUGAAAAUUAUAGUUUUUCUAAAUAGAAAAGCACCUAAAUCUUUUGAGGUGAAAGAUUAUAAUGAGUUUAUAGAGGCAUAGGGUAAUGUGAUAAGGUUAGAGCCGCAGAAAGAGAAAUUAAAGAGUCAACCUAAUAGCAAUGAAACCCUCCCAGAUGUUUGCUGUUACAUAGAGCUUAAUCUGGGAAGUAAUGCCUUUGGAGAAAACCACUCCUAGCAUAACUGACCUCGUUGUACUCAUUUGCCUGUCUUAGGUAGGCCCACAGCCUCAGGAAGAAGGAAGCUCUUAGGAAAACAGGACAGAAAGAACAGAAAUACCAAGAUAAUGCAGAAUCUGAGUGGAUCUCAUGUAAUCACUUGACCAAUGACUGAGUCUUCAGCUGAAGGACUGAAGUUCUUUUCAGAAGUGUUAAAUAAGGCUCAAAGAUGGGACUUGGGAUGAAAGGAAUGUGUGGGAGUAUUUCCAGAUAAGCAGAUACAGGUUAGAUUCUCAGCAGAUUUGCAAAAUAGGACAUGUUUGGUGGCCUCUGCCUUCUCUUUUUGAAUCCUUCCCAGUCUUUGAUGCUCCUGCUCCUAUCUAAGUGCCCAGGAACACACUAUGUCCUUGUAGGAGUCUUACAUUUUCUAGGUGCCCAAACCAAAAAAACUAAAAACAAAAAACUAGCCCUUUGCCAUGAAGUCAAUUUUGACUCAG